ACACAUUUCAAAUCAUGUGGGAAAUGGCAUGAACAUGCUACUACUACACUGCUAGAUCUUUGUUUCACUUUGGUUUUUUAACUAAAAAUAAUUUUUAAAAAAAUGAAUUACACAUUUAUUAUUGCAAAUAGUAAAAUAUCUUGGAAAUUCCAGGGGCAUUUGUCCAGAGACGUUACUAAUUCCUCACCUAGUUGUUGGCAACACGUAUGGUAAUUCAGAUUUAGAAAUGUAUCACAGUAAAUUCAUUUGUAAAACCCCGGUACCUCACACCUCGUCUGUGUUGGUCAGUUUUUUCUGAAGAAUGCUGAUCCAACCUCCCACUGAAUUCCAACCUGGAGCAAAGCGCUCAUUAUGUAUCCCACUGUAGAUGUGUGUGUCCAUGAGAUUCAAAUGAUGGAGCAGAGUCUGGGAAAGAUUUUCACUUGUUACCAAAGGAGAGCAUAGACCAUGGUUAUUGUUUCUGGAAUUGGUCUUUACGCUAAUUUGGAAAAAAAUAUUGGACCUGCCAACUGUAUUUUGCUUCUGUUAGUCAUUGCUGAGUCAUUUUAAUGAUUGGACUGAGAACUAUACUGGAUCAACCUUUUCUUAGCUUUUAGUGCUCUAGUUCAAUUAUUAAAAAAACAAAACAACAACAUACUGAUUUCUUUCUUUCUAACUUGUAUUUACCAUGUUAGCUUUAUACAGAGAGGUUUUUCUUUUUCUUUUUUUUUCACGAGCCUCCAUUGUCUCUCUUUUCCAGCUAGCUCUAUGUACUUUCUGUUAGACUGUUCCAGGCUGUUCAAAAAAAGAACCCCCCACUGUGUUGUGAAAUCUUUGUUGUGCACUGUACAUCAUCAGCCUUUGUGGCCACAUAGUGCAAUUCCAGUUUCAAGAGAAGUGGGUCAACUUGUGUGGUCAGCCUGUUUACCUUUCCCAUGCCCAACAAGUUACUUUCAAUGGGGCUUUAGGAUUUUAAAAACAGCCAUUAAACAUGACAUGGCAAAGCCCAGAUGUGAAAUAUUAAUUCUGGAAAGCUCAAGAUCACUCUAAGCUCCAGCCAUGGGUGACUGGUCUAUACUUGGUCGCUUUCUAUCAGAGGUCCAGAACCACUCCACUGUGAUUGGUAAGAUCUGGCUCACCAUGCUGCUUAUCUUCCGCAUCCUGCUGGUGGCGCUAGUGGGUGAUGCUGUGUACAGUGACGAGCAGUCAAAGUUCACCUGUAACACUCAGCAGCCUGGAUGUAGCAACGUCUGCUAUGACACCUUUGCCCCUGUAUCACACCUGCGAUUCUGGGUUUUCCAAAUCGUUCUGGUCUCCACACCGUCCAUCUUCUACAUCGUGUUUGUGCUGCACAAGAUCGCAAAAGAUGACAGGCUUGACACGCCGAGAGCAGAGGCCGUGAUUCAGAGGCCUUCCGUACAGAAAUGUGUCGACACAAGGAAGGACGGCAUGGAGGCACUGAUGGUUGGAAUGCCCACUUACUGUCCACACCGUGCCGAGGAGUGGGAGGUGAGAGAGAGGGAUGAUGUGGAGCAGAGUUCUCCACAGGAGGACUACAGCAAAGUGGGAGAGGACCCAACCCAUCAGUCCAGCCAAGUCCUACUCAUCUACAUCCUCCACGUGUUACUGCGAUCUGUCAUGGAGAUCACCUUCUUGGUGGGCCAGUACUUCCUGUUUGGAUUCGAGGUGCCACACCUGUACCGCUGUGAGACCUACCCCUGCCCUACUCGCACGGACUGCUUUGUGUCACGAGCCACUGAAAAGACCAUCUUCCUGAACUUCAUGUUCAGCGUCAGUCUGGGCUGCUUCGUGCUCAACAUCGCCGAGCUCCACUACCUGGGCUGGGUCUACAUUUUUCGUGUCCUGUGCCUAGCGUGCUCCUCCUGCUGCAGUCAGAACAGGGACGCGGUCAAACUGUACCCAAACCACAACCCGCUGCUGCUGCACCUCAGGCAUUCUCUGAGAGGUCAGCUCGUUGUCCAGACUCCUGCAGCCCUGCCCGCUGAGAAGGCGACAGGUUUGCUCCGUCACACCCCUGCUAUAUCUUUUGAGACAGAUUCAACGGUGGAAUGCACCUCUAAGAGAAGUCCAGAGAGCAGAGACAAGGUGAAGGUCAAGCUGGCCAACAUGACCAGACUAGGACGUACUAAAAAGUCCUGGUUGUGAAAAACAGGACAAUUGAUUCAAGACAGUUGUCGCUGUUGGCGUUCAUAUUUCUCUGUGACUGACAGAGGAAAGGGAACUGGAUAAAUAAAGUCCUUCACCUGG